AUGGACUACAGACCAGGCAAUAACUCCCACAAGGUCUUCUACCUGACAGGAUUCACCAGCCUCGGGGAGCACCGGCGCCUGCUCUCCAUUCCUUUCCUCUUCCUUUUGCUUUACAUGACUGCAGCCAAUGGCAUUAUCACGUUUGUCAUCGCCACACAGAAAAAACUGCAUGAACCCAUGUAUGCAUUAAUAGGAUCUCUGACCCUUCUAAGUUUCUUCUUCCCAAUAUUUUUUCUUCCCAGGAUGGUGGUUAGUUUUGCGUCUGGCAAAAAUAACAUCACCAAAGACGAAUGUCUGAUACAAAUGUUUUUGCUGCACUACUGUGGCUGUUUUCAAAGUAGCAUUCUACUGCAGAUGGCUCUAGAUAGAUUUUUUGCCAUUUGCUGGCCUCUGCGAUACCACAACAUUGUCAACCUGAGAAACUCUGUGAUAUUCACUGCUCUCCUCGCCUUUCGUAACACGUUGACUAUUGUCGUGAAAGUGGGCUUGUUCAUCCCGCUCACGUUUUGCCACACGAAUACCAUCCAUCAUUGUCUGUGUGAGCACUCCUCGGUUGUGAUGCUGGCGUGUGGCAAUAUAGCGCGCAACUACAUUGCCAUUACUGUAGCUUUCUCCCUAACCAGCGGAGACUGUGUUUUCAUCGCUGCCACUUACAUUGUCAUUUUCAUUGUCAUCUUUACCAGCUCCUCAGGGGAGUCCAGGCAGAAAGCCAUCCACACCUGCGGCACACACUUAACCGUACUCGGCAUUGCCUAUGUGAGUGUUAUGUGUGCUUUUGUCGGGUACAGAGUGAGUGGCGUUCCACCUGAUGUCAGAACUCUGUUGAGUUUAGCAUACCUCCUCAUUCCCAGCUGUUUUAAUCCAGUAAUCUAUGGGAUUAGGACAAAAGAAAUUAAAGUGCAAGUGCUGAAGGUGUUCAAAUCUGAUAAAGUGGAGGAUGAGAAAAGCUGA